GCCAGGAAGCUUCGAAUAAACGCCGACGAACUAAGGAUUUGUCCGCUGCAUUUAACCGUGGUGAUCGUGGCUAUAAGGCGGCUGUCAAGGACCAUUCAAAGAAAUCGGGUGGGCAACGACAAGGUGACAACUCAGAUAUCCCAGGCACUCCAAAGAGGUUUCGUAAAACUCGAAUAGUAGUCGAGUUGCCUCGGAACUCAUCUUUCAAACCUGAGGAAUACUUCCAUAUGUCACUCAAUUCACAGCAAUCGGGUAGCCAACAGCACUCUCCACCUCCACCUCCACAAAUUUCUCAAUCUUUUGGCCAUAACUAUACCCAUAAUCUUAAUUCCCGGAACGACGAGCAACGCGUCAUACCUGAUUCUCAAGAAGUCUCUAGUUUUUCAGUUUCAAGCCAAAACCUAGGAGAAGUCGCUAUCACAACUCAGCAAGGCUCGAGGCAUCAACAACCUGAAUCCUCUACUCACCCCACCACAACAACAGAAAUACCUUCGCGUCAACCUGAUCGCCGAUUUACUGGUAGUUUUUACAAUCCUUCCAUCUCUGGCUUCGUAGUUGAAACCGAUCCUGGAAAGUCUCAGACCGCUGCUGCUGGAAUAUCGUUCGACUUCUUGACCCAAGAGUCCCUGGAUCCCAACUUCAUUCCACCAACCUCUCAGCUAUCGGAUGAACAUAUUUCCGCAACAAGUGUGAGCCAGGACCGCCAGCAAUCGACGAAUAAUAAUCAAGCAUUCCCAGAGCAAAGUAAUUCGCAGCCAGCACAGGUCGUGGUGCCUCUAAGCAGUCACCAAGGAGGGCUCGCAUCGCAAAGCCAGCCAGAUUUCACCGUUUAUGACGACGACGACCUGUCUAUACCUGAUACUGUGUUGGCAAAAUCACAGACCCAGCACUUUCCGCCAGACUCCAGUCAAGCUUUGAGGCCACGAGCUGUGUCUGAAGACAUGGACGGCGCCUCCCCCCACCCCACGCGAGUGUCGGCGCAUGAGAGGCUUAGAUUGAUAAGAGAGCGAGGCUUUGCUUCGUUAUCCGAACCUCCUGUGGACCCAGCAAAAAUAAAUCAAGCUGGCGCUAAAGCGGAAACCGCACCAGCAUCUCACACCGAUGUCCAAGAAGCACCACCAGCUGAUGUUACUCGUCUUAGUCCUCUCACUUCCGUACCUCUGACAACUGCCGUGUUUGUAGAGAAGCCACACGAAACCACACAAAGCGAGCCAUCUUCAAAUGAACAUCAAGCUUUGGUACUUGAGACUAUGCAAGAGCCUGUUGGCCAAGACAAGCAAGCAGAGCUGAACUUAGACGACCAUGCUCCCGUUGAAGUUGAUUUUAGCGUUCAAAAUGAACAGCCCGCCACCUUAGACCCAUCUAAUCUAACAUUGUCUAUCGAACAUGAUAUGGACAUCAGCCCCUCGAUCCCCACAGAUGAGGCCCUUCCACCUAACCUACAAAUACCAGAUGACUUGGCCAUGCCCAUUGACGAACAUGAACCAGAGGACGCGCCUCCCUCUACCUACCCAAAAAGUCUUCUCCCACAAGUCCCAACCGGCAAUAAUGAGUAUCUCAUUACGCUCCCCUUUCAGAGCAGCAGCAGGCCUGUGUAUAACGACAUUCUUCGGGACAACGAAGAGUUGAUACGUGAAUUCAACAGCUCAUUUCUUACUUUACCUCAUGGAAUACCGCACCCCACGACAGUAUCCAAACUCGACGAGAUGUUUUCCCGUCUAUUCGAUGUCUGCGAUUUGCCACCUUUCAUGGAUACCAUUUCGUCUAUUACACCUGCCGAAGUAACGAGAUAUCUCAUCAAUACUAAUGCGAAGUUUGCCUUCCUAGAUGAGUUACUCGCCCGCCUUACUGAGGCGGAGUCGGACACGAAGAUUCUCAUUAUAGCCCGUCCUGGACAAGUUAUGGAUCUCCUCGGUCAUUUGAUACAAACUAGGGGCUAUCGGUAUAUUCGAUCUGGCCUCGAAAUUGUCGGCCCUUCCGCAGCUCAGCAUCAACUCACUGUAGCCAUUUCGGCGACGACUGAUUCACCGUCAUCUAUCGCCGAAGACGCUGAUGUAGUCAUAGCAUUUGAUCACACGUACCGACAGGAAUUACUCUCAUCGUCGCUUCGAGACCGGUCUCCCAUAUUGCUGGUUUUGACCAUCAUAUGCUCAAUCCAGCAUCUUAAUAUGCGUAUCUCAGAGAGUUUAGAGCCAUUGGAACGAAAUAAUGUCCUUGUUCUUGCACUAGUGAGAGCCAUGCGAUAUGUAGAGGAUGCCGAGAGGUCUACAGUUCCCGAGCUCGAAAACGCCGCCGAACUCUUCUCUAAUCUCAUUCACCUGCCACAUACUGAUGACUUUUAUUGGGAGCCCCAAAGAGUACCAGAGGAUGUAUUCGAAGAUAUGUAUGCUUCAAGUACCCAAGGACUAGCAUCAUUGCCUAGCCUACACGCGUUUGGAACUGAACAUCUGCCUGGCAGCCGCAAGAGAUCCCAUGAUUGACUCGUUGAAGAGCCUUAUUGGAGAUGACAUAACUGGCAACACUCCGAAAGCAUCACUAUCGGUAUCAGUUGACAAGUUAGAGAUGCUCUCAGCUAAGG